GUGGAGUGGUUUCAAUCGUUGGAUGCAAUCACUUGAUCGUGCGGAGUCCUGGCGCUGCUCGGCAUGCAGCGCCGACAACAUGCCAGCUACCACGUCUUGUGCGCAAUGUAAUCAACCUCAGGGUAUUGUUGCGACGACGACGGGUUCAGCUAAGUCACAAUUGGAGCCUCGACAGAACUUGACAGAGAUCAGCAGCGUGUUCCUUGAACUCGUUCAAGCAGGAGAUGUGCCCAAAUUAACCAAACUCGUGGAAACAGUGUCAGCGCGUCCUCUCUUGAACUCGUUCGGCAAGGAAGGGACCGCUUUGGCCGUCGCAUGUCGAUACAACCACCUGCCGAUGGUAUGGUACCUAGUUCAAACGAUCGGCAUGUCGCUGGCGUCCAAAGUCAACGCUUCCGACGACACGGCGCUCCAUGUGGCAGCUCGACAUGGUCAUAUGGAUAUUGUAGCUCAAAUCGCCCCUUUCGUGCACCUUGGAGUGAAAAACUUGGACGGGCACACGGCCAUGUGUGUGGCAUGCGUUGGGGAUCAGGUUUCCAUAGUAAACUUCCUCGUGGAGACGUACCCGGCGAACUACCCCGAGUUGCUUCCAUUCUUGCAUUUGGCUGUCCAAUCAUCUGCCCGUCAAGUGCUCGCGACGUUACUCCCACGAGCCAAAACAACGCUCCGAGAAGACAAGACGUUGUUGCAACGAGCGAUCCAAUUGAAGGACCAACGCAUGUGCAUGCAACUGCUCAAGGAAGGAGCAACCACAACAGGACUAGACUCCAACAGUGUACAGUACAUUCAUUCCAUCCUGUACCCGAGAGCAGCGGCACCACUUGAUCAAGAUUCCAAGCCAUCUUCAACACCCCACCUUGACACAAAGGACGUUUCAAAGGUCUCGGAAAUGUCGCGCCCAUUGGUACCCACCACUGCUUGUACCACCGAUACCUCAACUCGAACGAUUUCCCCUUCGUUGCCGCCACUUGGUGUUGCGACCCCUGCCGACAAAUCGGAACGUGGCAAGGUGAAGCUUGCAAUUGGCCAACACAGCGACUGGGGAACGGUGUUAAAGCAACACGUCCCCGCCUCGGACGUUGCUGCCGCCAAGAACUUUCAACGUGAGUUUGCACGCCUUCAGCGAAAGCAAGUCGGUCGCACGAACGCCCUGGUGCGCUUCGUUGGAACGGACGACGCCGACGCCGUGAUGUUGUAUGAACCGCCUGGGGUCGCCCUUUCCAGAGCUGGAGAGUCGCCGCAGCCCCAGCCAUUUGCAGAUUAUGCCAGCCAAAAGAAAUCCUGGAGCGACGUUGGGUUCCUGCACGACAUUGCCGAAGCUGUGGCAUUUCUGCACGAAAGCGGGCGUGCUCACGGCGCGAUUCAUUCGGCGCACUGUUUUGUGGACCCGUUGAACGGCGGGGGAAAACUCCUGGUCGCGUACAAGGGGGUCGCCUCCUCCACAGCGUUUGCCGCGCCAGAAACACGACAAGUGGGCGGUGGUGGGUUUGACGCGUAUGCUGCCGACGUGUACAGCCUAGGCUUGGUUUUCCUGUCCGUGCCAGGUCUGAACGUCACGUACGCAGCGCGGGAGUUAGUACAAGCCAUGACAAGUGUGCAGCCAGCUCAUCGUCCAAAAAUGGCCGAAGUGCUUUCCCAUCCAACGUGGUGGAGCACCAAGAAGCAGCUACUGUACAUUCAGUCCAUUGCCACAUACGCCGCUGACCACUCACGGAUCGCACGCAUCCGAAGCCUCACUAGUCCAAACUGGCAGGCCAAGCUGCCGCCCGUGGUGCUGGCUGGUACCAACCUGCACCGGACGUAUAACCACACUGUGUUUGCCCUAGUCCGAUACAUCCGGAACUUCAAAGAGCACGGACGAGACCAUUCCUCCGACAUGUGGCUAGCCCUCCACGGCGCCAUGGGGGGCGACAACCGACGGGUCGUGGAUGUCACGAACUUGGAAUUUCAGGAGCAAUGCCUCGCCUCGUUUGUGGCGCAGACGUAUCCGACUCUUGUGGUCGACCUCUGGCGUGUGAUUGGCAGCCUCGAAUAACAACCAAAAUAUGCAUCAACCGAUAGAUAAGUGGAUUUUGUGCCUUGUUGCAUGGUUUGGUCAACACAGUACGUUCAUGUGCCAGAAUCGAGAUCAUAACGUUUGUAGAAUCGACAUUAGCCG